CUGAUGGGCCUUUGCUUCGCCCUGGCCGCCAGAGCCCUGCCCCUCACAGAUGCGGGGCCACACGUCAACUACGGCUGGGGAGAGUCGAUCCGGCUGAGGCAUCUCUACACCACCAGCCGGCACGGGCUGUUCAGUUAUUUCCUGAGGAUCCACAGCGACGGACGCGUGGACGGCACUAGCACCCAGAACCUGCACAGUUUGCUGGAGAUCAGAGCUGUGUCCCUUCGCACGGUGGCAAUCAAGGGCGUGCACAGCUCUCGGUACCUCUGCAUGGAAGAGGAUGGAAGGCUGCACGGGCUCCUCAGAUAUUCUACAGAAGAUUGUUCCUUUGAAGAAGAGAUGCGCCCCGAUGGCUACAACAUCUACAAGUCGAAGAAAUACGGCAUCUUGGUGUCCCUAAGCAGUGCCAGGCAAAGACAACAAUUCAAAGGGAAAGACUUCCUUCCUUUGUCUCAUUUCUUGCCUAUGAUCAACACUGUGCCUAUGGAGCCUACAGGUUUUGAGCAAUAUGGUGACACCGGACACCCAAUUGCAUCAUCUGAUGUUUUCAGUUCACCUCCGGAAACUGAUAGCAUGGAUCCCUUUGGCAUCACCUCAGAAGUAUCAGUGCAAAGUCCUAGCUUUGGGAAAUAACUAGUGCUCCCCAUUCUCCACCAAAAAGAAAAGGAAAAAGCAUUGCUAGCAGACUAGGAUAGUAUUUCUAGCAGUGAUAUUUAAGACAUGAAGACUUGCUUAGAUGUUGUGCCCCCCUUGUUAAGCAAAUACCAAUACCAGUUCUAAGAAAGACAGACACAGUUACACUCACAGUAUUUAGAAGGGGGGGAAACAUUCUAAGGAAUGACAAAGAUGUAAAGUGUAAAAGAAUCUCUACUACUUUGGAGAAUGUUUGGAGGGAAUAAGAUCACGAAUAUUUGACUUUACUAUUUCAUUACAUCUUUG